UAUAUAAAUAGAGAGAGAUAUAUAGACAAUAUUUAUAUAGUGUGUAAAAUAAACUGGAUUUAUAGAAAAGAGUCUCACGUUUGACGUCAUACACUGCAGCAGCAAGCAUGGCACAUGAAGUGAGACAAACGAUGAUUGAGUUUUGGGCGGAGCACUCACGUGAUGCAACGGUAGAAGAGAUGAUGCUGGAUUCAAGUGCUGUGAUUUUAUCCAAGGAGGAGAAGCCUGAGAUUAUAUCAUUGUUGCCUUGCUUAGAUGGCUUAAAUGUGUUGGAACUUGGAGCUGGCAUUGGGCGUUUUACUGGCCAUCUUGCUAAGUUGGCAAGCCAAGUCACUGCAGUGGAUUUUAUGCAGAACUUUAUUGAGAAAAACCGAGAGGACAACGGUUACCGUGGAAACAUUACCUUUAUGCAGGCUGAUGUCACUCAUUUAGAAUUUCCUGAUAACAGUUAUGAUUUCAUCUUCUCUAACUGGCUCUUCAUGUAUCUAAAUGAUACUGAGCUAGUAUCACUGACACAGAAGAUGUUGGGAUGGCUGAAACCUGGUGGUUAUCUCUUCUUUAGGGAGUCCUGUUUCUAUCAAUCAGGGAACAGUGAACGAACAUUUAACCCUACGGUGUAUCGUACUCCUGCUCAGUAUAACCAUCUAUUGACAUCAGUCACUUCACUGCCUGGAGACAGUGGUUUUGAAAUUGUGAUGUCUAAGUCUGUGCAGACAUAUAUUAAGAAAAAGAAGAAUCAGAACCAGUUAUGUUGGCAACUGCAGAAGGUCCCUCGGGCACCUGAUGGUCACCAGGGCUAUGUGACAUUUCAGCAGUUCCUGGACAACCAGCAGUAUUCCCGAAAAGGAAUUCUAAGAUAUGAAAAGAUAUUUGGUGAUGGCUUUGUUAGCACUGGAGGGCUGGAAACCACUAAGGAAUUUAUUUCCAUGCUGAACCUUGCACCUGGUCAGCGGGUUGUGGAUGUUGGCUGUGGCAUCGGUGGAGGAGACUUCUACAUGGCCAAGACGUAUGGGGUGGAAGUCCUGGGGAUGGACCUGUCGUCUAACAUGGUAGAAAUUGCCAUGGAGAGAGCCAUAAAGGAGAAGACCCCUCUGGUACAGUUUGAAAUUGGAGAUGCCACACGACGGAUCUUCCCAGAAGCAUCGUUCGAUGUGGUGUACAGCAGAGACACCAUUCUGCACAUCAAUGACAAGGGAGCACUCUUCAGGAGAUUCUAUUCUUGGCUAAAACCUGGAGGAAAACUCCUAAUUACGGAUUAUUGUUGUGGGGAACAGCCUUGGUCUCCCGUAUUUCAGGAGUAUGUGAAGCAGAGAGGAUAUAUUCUGUACACACCUGAAGAGUAUGGACAGCUCUUAGAGAAAGCUGGAUUUGUAAAAGUUCAAGCUCUGGAUCGGACCCAACAGUUUGUACAAGUCCUGAAUAACGAACUUACAAGGACACAGGAAAUAAAGCAGGAAUUCAUAGAGAGUUUUUCUGAAGAGGAUUACAACUACAUCAUUGAUGGUUGGAAAGAAAAGCUUUAUCGCUGCAGUUUAGGAGAUCAGCGCUGGGGUUUGUUCUAUGCUGAGAAACCUCUGGAGAUCAUUACUUAAGCCUUCUCUUUAUUUAGUCAAUAUGAAUGUUUGAAUAGAAAAUUGUUUCUAUGUUUACACAGUAUUCCUAAAAUUAAUAAUUAUACAGAUUGAUAUCCUAUGUAUGUUCUAUUUAGUCUUUCUAUAGCACUUUAUAGGUAUUGUAUAAACGGCAUAAAUGUUAUUUAAUUUAGGGAAACCCAUUAGGUCCAAAUGCUAGAUGCAAGGUAAACUAAUGGAAAGUUUAGCAUUUCUACAUAGGCCUUCAGUCUAAAACGAUUCACACUUCAAGAAAAUGUCUAUACAUCAUUUAUAUUUAGGAU